AUGUCCGAACUCGACCUCUCCACAGCUCAAAAGCUGUGGAACACCCUCUUCGUCAUCGUCUGGAUCCUCCGCUACCUUCGCACCUUCGUCGGCGUCUUCGCGUACAUCACUUAUCGUCCGAAGUCGAUCGCUGCCAACCCCAAGUUCAGGGCGAAGGACGCAACCAUCAUCAUCCCAACGACCUUUAAGACACCGCACGAUGUUGUCGAAUGCAUCCAACGCUGUCUCACCUGCAAGCCUGCCCGUAUCUUCGUCGUCACCUCUCGAGCCAAUGUCAAGCUCGUCAAGGACUGUCUUAGGGUCAACGAGAUCCUAGAGAAAGUCAAGGUUCUAGGUGUCGACAAGCUCAAUAAGCGCGAGCAGAUGCUUCGAGCAAUCCCAAAGGUCCGCACCUCGGUUAUGGUCUUCGCCGACGACGACGUCUUCUGGCCCGAUGUCUCCUACCUCGACCGCCUCCUCGCCAUCUUCGAGGACGACAAGGUCGGCGCUGGUGGCACUCGUCAGCGCGUCCGUCGCGAUCAGCAGCCUUCAUUCUGGAACAUCCUUGGCAUCUCCUACCUGGAGCGACGCGUUUUCAAUAACGUGACCACCAACGCCAUCGACGGAUCCAUCUCGACGCUCUCUGGCCGCACCUCCGCUUACCGCACCUCGAUUCUCCAGACCAAGGAGUUCGCCCAUUACUUCCGUAACGACAAGUGGCGCGGCAAGCCUCUCAACUCGGACGACGACAAGUGCCUCACGCGCUAUGUCUACUCUCACGGCUGGAGAAUUUGUCUCCAAUUCGACCCGAAGGCUGUUCUCGAGACCACCGUCGAAGGCGACAGUAAGUACCUUGCCCAGUGCAUGCGCUGGGCUCGAGCUCACUGGCGCGGUAACUUCACGGUCAUGGAGAACGAGACAUACUGGUGCUCAUCCACAUACUGGUGGGGCUGCUAUGUUAUCUACUUCGGUCAGUUCUGGACUCCUGCCAUCGUCGUCGAGGGCAUCAUGGCUUCUCUUCUCUGGAUGGGCUUGGGUGGCACCGAACUUGCCAAGCCUGCUCUCAUCGCCCUUGCCGUCUGGAUCGUGUUCACCAAGAACCUCAAGAUGAUUCCACAUUUCUGCAAGCACCCGCAGGAUAUGAAAUUCAUCCCAGUUCUCAUGGCGUUCUCGUACGUCCACGGAUUCAUGAACGUGUAUGCCGCCCUCAGCAUGGAGCAGACUCAGUGGGGAUCUCAGAAUCUCUCCGCUCUCGAGACUGCGCGUGCCACGAAGGAGGCGGAGCUCGUUCCUCUGCUCCAGGAGGCGAUCAUCACCGAGACCCCACAUGUCAACGACCGUCUCGAGAAGGCACUACACCCAGCAAAAGACGCCAUCGACCCAUUCGAGCCAACUCCUGUCCCAGUUUCCGCCGACAGCAACGAGCUCGUCAACGAUGACGACUUCUCUGACGAGGACGAGGAUGAAGACAUUAUGUACUAA